AACCUAUGAACAAAAAACCGCAAUUCUGGCAAUACUCAAACGCGGCACGCAUGUGUCAACAAAAAAAACGAUCGAUCUCCUGGCGUUCCAUACUCUUGCAUAAUAUUCCCUGUCGCGUGUGGAGAAUCCCAUCAUUAGUAAAACAAGUAAAUAUGCCGGUUCCUGCAGGUCAUAUGGGUCACGGGCCAAGCUGUUUUGACCGUGUUAAGAUGGGCUUCAUGAUGGGAUUUGCAGUAGGAAUGGGCUCUGGAGCCAUUUUUGGAGGAUUCUCUGCAUUAAGGUAUGGAUUAAGAGGACGAGAAUUACUUUCACAAGUAGGAAAAACCAUGGUGCAAGGUGGAGGAACAUUUGGCCUGUUCAUGUCAAUUGGUACAGGAAUAAGAUGCUAGCCAAACACAAAGCAAAAGACUUAUAUUUUGAAUUACCUUACUGCAUUCUAUUACUUCUAUGUAGUGAACACUGCAGAUCAAAAAGAGUAUUGUCUUGAAGCGUUGGAAAGGAUGGUGACACACUAUGUUGGCCAACAAAUCCACCGCCACCUUCUGUGAAGGCUUGAUGACGCAACACUGUGUACACUUCUCGUCAUGCUGCCCUCUCCAUGGAUUUGCAUCAGCCAACACAGUGUCUGCCAGACUUUACAAUUAGGACUAUACCAAAUCUCAUUACAUGUUGCAAUGUUUAAACUGAAUACAGGUCUUGACAGGACCAGAAAUAUGUAAAUAAGUUGAUGCUUCAAAGAACAUUAGUUAUGUUGCCUUUUUGUGUGUUUAUUCAUGAAUGUGAUAACAGAACAUGAGGAAAUCCAUAAUUUAUAUAUUGAACGGAGUGGUGGCUUAAUUAAUUUACGGGGAAAAAAAUUUGUGAAUAAUAAUCUGAAUUAGUCAAAGCUUCAGUGGUCAUUGACUAAUUAUAACUGUUAGUGACAGAUUUUUUUUAAUUUAUAAAUUUUUUUCUGGUUCUAAUGAGAAUAUAAUCACAAUCAGUGAAUAACGCUAAUGUUGUACAGUACUUGCAAGUUUUUUGUUUGUUAAAAAUAGCCUCUAAAAUUUGUGACAAAUUUAAUUUUGUUUGUGCAAGUCAGUCACUCAGUGCACAAGGUGCCCCCACCUUUUGGAAAGUAAAGAAAAAAGACAGAAAGAAAAAGAAAAAAAGUUGAUCCUAGGUUAUUUUCAGUUUCUAGAAAACAAAAAUUUCGCAGGGAAUUCCCCCGUAUCCCCUAGUGUAGUGUUGUCUCGAUCGACGCCCCUGGUUCACGUGAACAAGUCUGGACUGCUUAGCUAAGAACACAAAAUGGCACACAGACACAAUUCUUAUUAAAUACAUAUCCAGACAAAUUGAACAAGCUAUACAAUUUCUGUUUAAGUGAAAUGACCUAUAUGAUGUAAUAAACAAACAAAUAUAAUGUAAUAAAACGUACUUACAAAAAACCA